AUGUCUCUCCUUCGACGGUUACCCUUCCCCCUCGACCAGGGCGAUAUCAUCCUGGUUCACUCCGUUCACACCAAUGGCUGGGCCGACGGUACCUUGUUAGAUUCUGGGAAUCGAGGCUGGCUCCCUACCAAUUACUGCGAAGCAUAUGACCAACUCCCAAUGCGUCCGUUGUUAAAAGCACUAACAGACUUUUGGGAUAUCAUUCGAGGAGGAUGUGGAUCAUCACUCAAGGAUUUCGGUAACCAAGACUUGAUGCGAGGCCCCAUUGCUGGCGUUCGGUUCCUUCUUGAGAAGUCUGAAUGCUUGACUCGGGAUUCGCCUCUUGUCAAGAAGUACGAUGGGCUUCGCCGAAUUCGCAAGGCCUUGCUUUCCGACCUUUCGGCACUGGUCAAGACUGCCAAGCAGUUCCAAGAUGUCGCCAAUGGUGCCCCAGCGGAGGAUGAGGUCGAGGCCAUUCUAGAUGAGAUGCUCCUCAAGGCUUUCAAGAUCGUCACCCGUGGCGUUCGUUUCCUAGACGUUUGGAACGAGGAGGUUGGUCUGAGUAGGACCAUUGCGGAGAUGGAGACGGCCGGUACUUAUUGCGAUAUGCCCCCGACACCAGCGUCGGCGACCUUCUCUUUGGCAGACACUGCCCCGUUUUCCGACACUUGCACCGAGCGAAAUGAGUCUCGACAGAUGAGCCACAGUCGUAUGGAGUUUAGCCGCGCCUCAAUGCGGACCGAGAUGCUCGAUCACCAGUCCCGUCCCAUGUCUGUGUCAACAAAGCGUAUCUCGAUAUCCCACCGAGUCUCGUAUUCUGGUCCCUCGUCGGCUAUUCGUCCGCAGAAUCUCGCGUCGGAGCGUCUGGGAACCUCGUAUGAUGCUUUCCUGGGUGUGUUGGGAGCUUUCAUCGGCCUUCAUAUGCAGUCGCGCUCGUCAACGGAGCUGGUCACCACCACCCAGCAGGCCGUGCAAUCGUGCCGGGCCUUGCUGAACGUGGUUGAUGCUGUCUAUGACCAUGAUGCCCAGCGAAGUGUCCUCCUCGAUCAGGCACGCGAGUCGAUGUGUGAGAAGCUGUCUGAGCUGGUCCACGCCGCGCGCGACGUGUUCCGUCCUGCCAACUCUCACGACGACGACCUGGUCUUCAUGCCAGAUGAGGGCAAGCGACUGGUCGACGCUGCAACUGAUUGCGUUCGCGCCGCUGGCAAUUGCUUAGCCAAGGCUCGCCUGGUGCUGGAGCAAAUCGGCGACAUCGAAUUGGACACCGUCCAGGAGGAAAUCACUACCCACGAGGACCUGCCAGGCACUGUCACCUCGCAAGCGUCGCCCGACAUGCCGACCGACCAGGGAAAAUCCCAAGAUCUCUCACUUCGUCUUCCCCCGCCGCCUCUCGCGAUUCCAAACUCGACCUACUCGCCAUCUACCCCUGGCCUCACCGACUCGACCACACCCUCUUCUUUCCAAUCGCACCUCACUUCUUCCAGCAGUCCCGCCCUUCCCUCUGCCUCGUCCUCUCUUCCUAACUCUGCCAUCCUCCCCACCCACUCUGAACAAGCUUCCUCUUUCUCUUCAUACGACAGCAGCUUCCGCCAAAGCCAUCCCAAGUCCGACGUGAGCGAGUCCUUCGGCCGUGGUGUUACAAGCAUGGGUAGCAACUUCACGUAUCACAGUCACACCCGCGACUCCGAGAUGAGUGGUCUCUCUCAGACCUCCACCCGGGCCACCUCCCCUGACAUCGGAGGUAGCUUCCAUGGCAGCUUCAUGGUCCCUUCCUUGAAGGAGAGUGUCAGCCACUCCACUUUGGCCGAAGAGACCGAGGAGACGGAAGCUCACCUGUUGGAGAAGACCUACGCCCAUGAGCUGAUCUACAAAGAUGGCCAAGUCAUGGGCGGUAGUCUGCGCGCUCUCAUUGAGAAGCUCACUGCUCACCAGUCUACCCCGGACGCCAUGUUCGUCUCCACCUUUUACCUCACCUUCCGUCUCUUUGCGACCCCUCUGGAGUUUGCUGAGGCUCUCGUCGAAAGAUUCGAGUACAUUGGGGAUACACCUCACGCUGCGGGACCUGUUCGCCUGCGCGUUUACAACGUGUUCAAGGGCUGGCUGGAGUCGCACUGGCGCCAUGAUCGCGAUAACUCGGCUCUCGAGUUCAUCAUCACCUUUGCAAAGACUCGCUUGGCUGUUGACCUCCCCACCGCGGGCAAGCGUCUCCUUGACCUCUCUGACAAGGUCUCUGCUGUUGGCGGCCCCGUUGUCCCUCGUCUGGUCUCGUCGAUGGGCAAGACCAACACCGCCAUUGCUCAAUACGUUCACCCCGAUACCCCUCUUCCUCCUCCCGUUGUCGGCAAGAAGGAGUCCAACUUGCUCAAGCAGUGGAAGACUGGCGAGGCCUCGAUCUCCAUCCUGGACUUUGAUCCAUUGGAGUUGGCUCGACAGCUGACUAUCAAGGAGUCGCGUAUUUUCUGCUCUAUUCUUCCCGAGGAGCUUCUCGACACCGAGUGGACCCGGAAGUCUGGUUCCCUGGCAGUUAAUGUUCGCGCCAUGUCCACGCUUUCGACGGAUCUGGCUCACUUGGUUGCCGACUCCAUCCUCUACUUGGAGGAGCCCAAGAAGCGGGCUGCAACUAUCAAGCACUGGGUCAAGAUUGCCAACAAGUGCCUGGAGUUGAACAACUACGACACCCUCAUGGCCAUCAUCUGCUCUUUGAACUCGUCCAUGAUUUCUCGCCUGAAGCGCACUUGGGACGUUGUGUCGCAAAAGACCAAGACUACUCUGGAGCAUCUCCGCACCAUCGUUGAUGUCUCCCGCAACUACGCAGUCCUGCGCCAGCGCCUGCAGAACCAUGUGCCCCCCUGCCUGCCCUUCGUUGGUACUUACCUGACGGAUCUCACUUUCGUUGAUCAUGGCAACCAAUCUCUCCGGAACCUGCCGACAGAUGACGGUGAGAUGGCUGUGAUCAACUUUGACAAGCACAUGAAGACUGCCCGCAUCAUCAGUGAGCUCCAACGGUUCCAGAUCCCUUACCGUCUUACCGAAGUCCCGGAGCUGCAGACCUGGAUGCAGAACGAACUGGUCCGUGUGCGCUCAAACGGUGAGACCACCCUUCAGACCUUCUACCGCCGGUCGCUGGUCCUCGAACCGAGAGAACCCUCGCGCAGCGCUGUCAACCUUCAAGCCCAGGCUCAGGCUCAGGCUCAGGCACAAGCCCCUCCUUCAACUCAUUCCGAGUCAUCACCCCCGAAUCAGUCGAUCCUUGAAAACGCCAAGGACAAAUUCGAUUUCCUGUCAUGGACAAACCCUUCCAAGGCCAAGUCCGUCGCGACCAACGGCUAA